CUCACUUUAAGCAUCUUCUCUUUGCUUCUUCAUGGAGGCAGAGGGCCUUCUUAUAUUAAAAAAAUGAGGGUGGGUUUACCAUUCUCACUUGAAUACCGGCUUCAACUCUUCAACCAGAGCAAACAGACAUCUGGCCGCCAUGGCAGGGCUUGGCACUGGGGCAGGAGCUCCUGUCGUGAAGGUGUACCAUGAGAAAUCCAUGAUCCUGCCCGAUGUGUCAAGGGUGCUUGCUUGCCUGUAUGAGAAAAAUGUUGAGUUUGAAACUGUGAAAGACUCGUACAAGGACAUACUCAGACUCCAGUCAACGAGGAGUGUUCCAGUUCCAUUCUAUGACGGACCUAUAUUUCAACAAGAAUCAAGAGCAAUCUGCCGCUAUAUAGCAGAAACAUACGAACAGCGUGGCUAUCCUUUCCUCCUGGGAAAGGAUGUCCUUGAGAGGGCUUCCAUUGAACAGUGGCUACGGCAUGAGGAGCAUGCCUUUGAUCCUCCAAGCAGGGCAUUGUUCUGCCAUCUGGCUUUUCCUAUGCUUGAUGAAGACAUGAGUGAUAUCGACAGAGAGAAGAGAAAGCUGGAAGAAGUCCUGGAGGUCUAUGAACAAAGGCUUGGCGAGAGCGAGUUCCUUGCUGGGAACAAGUUUACUCUUGCUGACCUUGUUCACCUACCAAACACUCAUCACAUAGUGACAUCAGAAAAGUACGCCUACCUGUAUGACUCAAGGAAGAACGUGCAGAGGUGGUGGAAUACCAUCUCUGCCCGAGAUUCUUGGCAGCAGGUGGUGAGGGAUAUGCAGAGUGUGGAGGAGCAGAACCAAAUAGAAGAACUUGAGCAGCAGCAGCUGGAGGAGCAGUGGCAAUGGGAGACAGAACCACCACCAACAUCUGGUCGCCGCAUCUUGCGCAUAGACCCUCGACAGCAGACCGGCACUGAGUCGCGGACAGUACUGGUUCCACCACCCAGCGGCGGUGCCAUAUCACCCUUGUCUUUUACAGUUCAACAGGAACAGCAACCUCUUCACACAGAAACAACCUCUCAUAGUGAAACUUCACCUAACCACAGAAAAGGAAGUAACUUCUUUACUACCACCGAUAAAACUCCAGCGCCCUCAAAGCAAAAAACCUCCACCCCUCAGAAACCACCUAGCAGUGUUGAAGGCACUAAGAGUAACUUCUUUACCCCAACUAGCCCUCCUACCUCCACCAAAGUUUCUCCAAAAACUAAUAAUGAGAAAUCCACCUCCAAAGAUGCCUCAAAAACCUCUGACAGGGAUUUUCAAGCUCGUCAGACUGGUGAAGUAGUUGCUCCCCAUAAACUCCAUUUAGGAUCAGACAAAGCCCCCCAAGAAAAUACUCCCGAUAAAUCCACUCAGAAAUCACCUAGCAGUGUCCAAAACACUACGAGUAGCUUUUUUACUCCUCCUGCCACCACCAAAAUGCCUCAGACAACCAAUACUGAUAAAUCCACCUACAAAGAUGCCUCAUCUCCAACCAUACCCAGUCAAGGAUCAUCCAAAGACAACAUUAAGGAAGCUAGAGACGCUGAUCAAAAGAGGUCUGCAUCAGCAACAACCAGGGAGCUACCAUCAGGUUCUCAAAAUACCACUCAGCAAUCUAAAGCAUCACCUAAUCUGAAAGCUUCUGACUUGUCACCAAUGCAAGAAGAAUUUGAAGAUACUCAGGGUGAAGAUGAACGGUUCUCAACUAAGAGGCUCAGAAAAAUGAUUCAGCAAAGUGAUCCAGAAGUACUCAAACCACAGCCUACAGAUUUGCAAACCCGUCCAACACAAGAGGAAACACCUUCCAUUUCUAAGAAGCCUUCGUAUGUUCAGGACAGAAAAGGGCAAGCUGGUAACAAUCCGACUGAUGGAAAAAGUGAUGGUAUUCCAUCAACUGGGACAAGAGAUCCUGGCACUCCAUCAACUGGGACAAGUGAUCCUGACACUCCAACUACUGCUGAUGCAAGGAGAGCAACUUCACCACCAAAAGGAGGAGUUGAUCCUGAUGGUCGUGGUGCCACUGAGCCACGAAAAUUACAAUCCAUCAAUGAGCAACAACCAGCUCCGCCAAUGCCAAACCGAUCACCAACAAGUAGUGCUCGAGGUGCUUCUGCAUCAUCAAAAGGAGCUGCUCAAGAUGAUGACUUAGCCCAGUCAAACAUUGAUCAAUGGAGGCACACGUCUACUCCUGCAAACAAAGAAGGAGCUCCAGAUGCUGCUAUCACUGAUAAGUUGGACAAAGCAGCAGACAAAAGAGCACAGACACAGGCUCCAAACAAAACCUCGACCGGCCAGUCGGACAAGAUCGCUAUGCAGACACCACGACGUACAACUACCACAUCAGACCAAGCUCCAGUGUCACCUUUUUUUGCUGAUAGAAGGAAGACAGGCAUUGAUGAAGCCAGUGAAACUACCAAGGUAGCACCUGAUGAGCAGCCUGCUGGGAGAGCUCCUACGAAUUCUGUGAAUAAGCCGAUAUCUCCCAAGGAUAAUGGCAAGUUAACUAAUGAAACCGUAUAUUAUAGCAGCUCAGAAAUAUCCAGAGAAAUGGCACCACCAGGCUCCGAAAAGAGCAUGGGACAGCAGAAAAUGCAAAGUGAUAAGUCCAGUAUAUCACUGCAAGCCAAUGGGAAGCAAGGUUCUGAAGCUGCACUUCUCACAAAUACUGGUCAAAACACUGGGAAAACUUCAGGACAAGAUUUACAAGAGUCUCAGAAACAAAUCUCCCCUGAUACUCAGCAAAUGAAAAACAACAGAAGCAACAGCACAUUGGAUGGCUCAAGCAAACCCACCCAAUUUGAUGGAAAUGACGGUGAUGUCCGUGAGACACAGAGAGGUGGCUAGUAAACCAAACUAUAGCACGCCUCUGUCAGGUCAUCUUGUUGCAGCUUCUUCGUUGUGGUCUUAUCUACCACACCACUUCAACAUGCUCGUCAAUAAGGUCCAUUAUAUCUUGUCACCCUUGGACCAGCCAUGCCAGCUACUGUUGUGUACUCCACCUUUUGUACUGCUAUUCUUAUUCAGUGGUGCAUUAUGUACUGUUCUUUUGCCGAACAGUGACUUGUUUAGAUACCUUACGUUAGACUCAUUUCGAAUAAUGUGAAUGUGAUAUUUGUUCU